GCGGGGCGGGGCGGUUGAACGCCGCCCGCCGGUUGAGGCGCGGUAACGGCCGCGGCGGUGCCAUGGAGGCGGUGGACACGGCGUUUCCGCGCUCCGCGCGCGGUGCCCUGAAGAUCGCCCGCCUGGUGGUGGCGGUUGUAGCCUUCGUCUGUUUCGUCGCCUCCCGCUCCCACGAAGCGUACACGGCGCUGGCGGUGAUGGAAGCCCUCAUCACACUGCUGUUUUUCCUGCUGUACCUGCUGAAGCUGGACAAGAAGCUCACCUGGCUCUUCUGGCCUCUGGCCGAUAUUUUCAACUCGGUGGUUGCAGCUUUGUUCCUCCUAAUUGUGGGCUUGUUUGCAGUCAUCAUCAAAACCAACCACGGGACGCUGGCUGGAGGAGUGCUUGGUCUUGUGUUGCUUGUUCUCUGUGUUGUUGAUGCCGUUGUUCUUUGCCAGAAGAUUAGCAUCAGUAGACCAAGGGAAAGGAAUGCUCCUGCAAAGUAGGAUUUCCAUUGUAGCUAAAGGAGAGUUCCCUGGUUGUUUUACUGCUCGCUUGUUACAGAGUAUGGACUUUCAUACGUUCCAGCUUCCUGUGUGUUUUGCAAAUACUAUUCCUAAGUAUCCUCACACUUACAGAUACGGUUUCACUGUUACAAUCUCACCAUUUUAAACUUCACAAAAUUGUCCCGUGUGUGAGAAAACUGAUUUCAGUAAUAAAAGUCUAUUAUUGAA